CGACAUACUAGAAACUUCACGUCUUGGGAUUCAAUCUCGGAAUAUAGUGUACAAAUAUCGGCGUUUUCAUCAUUUGAAAAAGCCUUCGAGUAUUAAAGAAUACCAGAGAAGCACCAUAUGAAUGCUAUGGCUUCCUCCCCUUACGCCUGUUCAGAGGAGACGACAAAUGCCUGUAGAGCAUGUCAACUUCUUCUGGGUCCAUGUACAGAUCAACUACGUGAUGUUUUACUUCACCAUGUACCUCUACCAACAUUCACACAAGUCAUUAAACAAAAGAGGGGUGAUCUUCCUCGUCUGACGGCACCACAAAUGAAUCUUAUUUUACCUAAGGGCAGCAAUUAUACUGGAAACUAUGGUGACAUGGAUAUUCCUUUUCUAUACACACUACUCAGAAACAUUUGUAGCAUACCUCCACACAGCAAUGGCUGGGGAGAUGAUCCAGACCCUACAGACAGAUCUCUCUCUGCCAACAUUGAGAGAAUCCGUAUUGCCAGAAAAUCAGUGUGUACAUUCUUCUAGUCCCGUCCUCUCCAACGCUGAUUUCAACACAAUCUGGUCCACUGUCAGAUCAGCAGUAGUGGACCUUGAUUCCCUCCUGAACAACGGGAACCAGUUUGAACAAGAGGUGGACUUUUUGAGACAAGAGACAAUGGACCCUGUCCGUGACCGCCAUUACAUAGAAGAACUGAGGAAACAGGCUGAAGAAGAUGCAGAAACUAGACAAAUGGUCCAAGGCUUGAAACAAAAAGUGGAAGAGAGUGAAACGGAAAGAAAUGAGAAUCACAAUAAAAUGCUGAAAAUUGUUG